GAAGCUCGGCGGCAAGGCCGGCCCGCCGCCUCUUCCCCCCACCCCCGUGGGACUCGUCGGCCGAAGCUUGCCGGCUCCUCAAGCCGACGGGAUGGCGACUGCUGCGGAGAUGGAGGCCUCUCCACCGACGGACGCGAGCUGCGAAUUCGGCGGCGGCGGGGACGACGAGAUGAAGCAGGCGCUUCCGGAGCCCGAGUCCUCGCCACAAAAUGGCGGCGGCGUUCUCAGCAUCGCGGAGCCUGGCGGCUGCGCCGCGCCUGAGGAGACCGCGGUGACCGAGGCCACCCAGAGCCUCAGCCACGAGCAGCCUCAGGAUUCUUUAGCGGCGAGCACGGCCGCUCUGCUCAAAGGCCCCGAAGAGCCCGAAAGGCCCGUUAGGAGGAGUUUUCAGAUUCCCAGGAAGAGCAGAGAAAAGAAAGCACUUUUCCAGACAUUAACUCCGGGCUCCCGAGAAUUUGAAGAUAUUUUAAACAUUCUGCAUUCAUCUUACCUUGAACCAACCUCGGUAGCAAAUUUUAACUACAAACGUGCUUGCUUGAUACAUAAUGAGCUUUUGGAAAAGGAGUUUACAGAAAAGCGAAGAGAACUGAAGUUUGAUGGCCGCUUAGAUAAGGAACUUGUAGAAUCCUAUGCAUUUCUGAUGGUUGAUCGACAUCAGGUUCAAAGCAUAUGUGAAAAAGGAUUACAGGUGGGCCAAUCCAAAAUAACAAUUCUUGGCAGUCCUUCUAUGGGUAUCUAUCUUUCUAGGUAUGCUGAUUUAUUACAAACUAAUCCUUUGGAAGCUGGGGCAACGGGUGAUGUUGUUAUUUUUAAAAUUAUGAAGGGUAGAAUAAAGAGUAUAUAUGACCCCAUGGGGGUAAAAAGUUUGGAAUCUAUAUUAAAUAAAAGUGCUUUGGACCCAACACCAAAGCAUGAAUGUCACAUGUCGAAGAAUGCCAAUAGAGUUACGUCACUUUUGGCUUACAGGGCCUAUGAGCUUACUCAGUAUUACUUUUAUGAGUAUGGCUUUGAUGAGCUAAGGCGAAGACCAAGACAUGUGUGUCCAUAUGCAGUUGUGUCUUUUCAUUACAAAGAUGAUAUACAAACUCCGAAGUUUAUACCUUCAUCACGAUCUAAUAGCUUUAAUGCAGAUAGAAACACAGAUAAAUUUAACUAUACUUUGUGGAAAGGACAGCUUUUAAAUAAAGGAAAGCUUUUGUGUUACAUUUCUCUGAGGUCAGCCACUCGUGCUUUUUUGCCUAUCAAGCUUCCUGAGAAGUUAGAUGUUGAAACAGUUAUGAGUAUUGAUCAUCUGAAACAGAAAAUCCCUCCUGCACUGUUUUAUAAGGAAAUAUACUUAGGUCCAAAUGAAGUUUUGAAGAAUGGAAUGUAUUGCAGCCUUUAUGAAGUUGUAGAAAAGACAAGAAUUGGAAGUAAUAUGGAGAGUUUACUACAAAAACUAGAGAGAGAAAAACUUGUUCUUGUUAAACCUUUGGGAGACCGAGGAUUCCUUUUUCUUCUUUCUCCUUGUCAGAUGGUUUCUUCAUAUGAAUAUCAGACUGUCAAGUCUCGAGUCCUACAUGCAUUGUUUCUAUUUCAAGAACCUAGAGGCAUAGUUCCUUUGCAGAAAGGUUCAACCAGUGCCGCACCACAAGAAAGGCAUGAGAGUGUAUCAGAUGUAUUAAAAAUAACUCAGUUUUUACAGUUUUCUUUGAUUCAGUGUCGAAAGGAAUUCAAAAAUAUAAAUACUAUAAAUUUUCAUUCUGUUGUUGAAAAGUAUGUAAGUGAAUUUUUUAAGCGAGGUUUUGGUUCAGGUAAACGAGAGUUUAUCAUGUUUCCAUAUGAUUCACGAUUAGAUGAUAAAAAAUUCUUAUACUCAGCUCCAAAGAAUAAAUCCCAUAUUGAUGAAUGCUUACAUACCUAUAUUUUUCGACCUGAAAUGUAUCAGCUACCUAUUUGUAAAUUAAAAGAGCUUUUUGAAGAAAAUAGGAAACUUCAACAGUUCAGUCCACUUUCAGAUUAUGAAGGCCAAGAAGAAGAAAUGAAUGGUACAAAAAUGAAAUUUAGAAAACGAAAUAACUCAAGGGGUGAAAUUAUCAUAUCUGGAAAGCAGAAGUCAUCUCAUUCUUUGGAUUAUGAUAAGGAUAGAGUCAAAGAAUUGAUUAAUUUAAUUCAGUGUAGGAAAAAAAAUGUGGGUGGGGACUCUGACACAGAGGAUAUGAGAAGCAAAAUUGUCUUGAAGAGGAAGCUUGAGGAUCUACCAGAAAACAUGAGAAAGCUUGCCAAAACCAGUGAUUUAUCUGAAAAUUGCCAUCUGUAUGAAGAGGCUCCACAGCCUGUUGGCUCAUUCAUCGGUGGUCCUGGGCAUGAUGGUGAUUUAAGACGGCAGCAGCAAGAUACUGGUAACUCUGGCGUUACUGACAUCCAUAGGCUGUUUAACUGGUUGUCAGAAACACUAGCAAAUGCACGUCAUUCUGAUGCACCCCUGACAGGCACAGUCAACAAAGCUUUAGGAUUGAGCACUGACGAUGCCUGUGAAGAGCUGAGGCAAAAGCAUGAAUAUGAGUUGAAGUCUGUGCAGGAUAAGAAAGAGUAUGAGCGGCCUGCUUGUGUAAAAAUUGAAAAUGUACAUUUUAAGGGUACUCAGAGCCCACCACUAGAAGUUGAUACAUCAUCUUUAAAGUAUCCUGUUGGUGUUUCUACUAGUGAAGGAGGCACUGACCAUAAACUACAUUUGAAAGAAGAUCCAAAUUUAAUUGGCAUGAAUAAUUUUGAAGAUUGCAGUUUGUGUCCCACUGUUCCCAUUGAUCAUGGGUUCCGUAGACAGCAGUCUAAGUCAAACAAUGUUGAAGAGACUGAGAUACACUGGAAACUGAUUCCAAUUACAGGAGGGAAUGCAAGAAGCCCAGAAGACCAGCUGGGGAAUCAUGGUGAGAAACAAACACCAGGUAUGAAAUCACCAGAAGAACAACUGGUGUGUCUGCCACCGCAGGAGGCCUUCCCUAACGACCCCCGGGUAAUAAGUAGACAGAGAAGUUCUGAUUACCAGUUUCCAUCCUCUCCAUUUACAGACACACUAAAGGGCACCACUGAGGAUGACGUGUUGACAGGUCAGGUGGUGACAGUGGAGGAGCAGUGUGUGCCAGCAGCAGAACCGCCUACAUUGAGUGAAACCACAGAGAGGACAGUGUUAGGAGAAUACAGUCUCUUUUCUAGGAAGAUAGAAGAGAUUCUAAAGCAAAAGAACGUUUCAUACGUCAGUAGAAUUUCCACGCCUAUCUUUUCAACACAAGAGAAGAUGAAACGGCUUUCUGAAUUCAUAUAUUCUAAGACUUCCAAAGCUGGUAUACAGGAAUUUGUUGAUGGCUUGCAUGAGAAACUAAAUACUAUUAUUAUCAAAGCAUCAGCAAAGGGUGGAAAUUUGCCACCAGUCAGUCCUAAUGAUUCUGGUACCAAAACAGGAUUGAAUACUCUGGGAAGGCAAGUCUUACCAAUUUCUGCAAGUGAUUCCAACAAUAAAUGCCUCCCUGAGUCAGUUUGUAGUGAUGCUUUGAAAGACAUCAACUCUAAUGAGCAUCAUUCCUCUUCAAGUUUGGGUGUAAGUGAAGUAGAGAUGAACCAGCCACACCAUGCCACAGAACUAAUGGUGACUUCUGAUCAUACUGUACCUGGUGAUACUGUUCAGGAACCAGUAGAAAAAGAAACAACAAAAUCACCCAGUGAUGUCAACAUUACUGCCCAACCAGCUCUUACAAGUCUUAUAAGCCAAUUAGAACCUGAAGUAUUUAACAGUUUGGUUAAAAUCAUGAAAGAUGUCCAGAAAAAUACUGUGAAAUUUUAUAUUCAUGAAGAAGGAGAAGAAAAUAUGCUCUGUAAAGAAAUAAAGGAAUAUCUUAUCAAAUUAGGCAAUACAGAAUGUCAUCCAGAACAGUUUUUGGAAAGAAGAUCAAAAUUAGAUAAACUAUUGAUUAUUAUUCAAAAUGAAGACAUUGCAGGUUUCAUUCACAAGGUACCUGCCUUGGUGUCUUUAAAGAAACUCUCCUGCGUUAGUUUCGCUGGUGUUGAUAGCCUGGAUGAUGUUAAAAAUCAUACAUACAAUGAGUUAUUUGUAUCUGGAGGUUUUAUUGUGUCUGAUGAGUCAAUUCUAAAUCCAGAAGUCAUCACAACUGAGAGCCUUAAAAAUUUUUUGACAUUCCUUGAAGAACUUAGUACUCCCGAAGGAAAAUGGCAAUGGAAAGUCCACUGUAAAUUUCAGAAAAAACUAAAGGAACUAGGAAGAUUGAAUGCUAAAGCCCUAAAUCUUCUGACGCUUCUGAAUGUCUAUCAAAAGAAACAUCUGGUUGAAAUUUUGUCAUAUCACAAUUGUGAUUCACAAACUCGCAGUGCUCCAGAAUUGGAUUGUCUUAUCAGACUUCAGGCUCAGAACAUACAGCAACGACACAUAGUCUUUUUAACAGAGAAGAACAUCAAGAUGCUUUCUAGUUAUACAGAUAAUGGAAUCGUCGUUGCAAGUGCUGAAGACUUUAUGCAAAACUUCAGAAGUCUUGUGGGCUAUCACAACUCAGACACAGAGGAAAACCUUCCGCUGCCUGGUGCUAGUGAGAAUCUUGAGUCACAGUCAGAUGCUGUUUUGACAUUAACCCCUUUGGAGCUGGGAGUUGGGAUUUCCCAACAUUAAACGUGAACACAUUUCGCAGAAGCUUUUAGCAUCGGAUUAUCUGGACAUUCACACCUAGUGUGAGUGUUGUGACUUAAGUGAACUUGUGGCAGAAGACCAAGCUUUAAGGGAUUGUGGACUUGCAGAUCCUGACGCAUUAUAUUGUGUGAGUAGUGUAUAAUUUUAAAACUUACUUGUGUAUUUCAAUAGAGGAGGACUUUUUGUUUUUUAAAUGUAGCUCUUUUAGAAAGCCAUGAAAAGGAUGAAGAGGAUAUGUCUCUGGAUUCAGGGGAGGAAAUCUCACAAAUAGAAGUAUGCAGCAAUUUUCAUUCAGAAAUAUUGGCGAAAGAGACCAAAGGAUCACGUGGAACAGAUCAAAAAAAGAAUAUUCAUAUUGAGUUGCAGUCGUCUUUUGACAUGCAAAAAAGUUUAUUAGAAGAUAUGACUUACCAAAUUGAUUCUGAAGAGAGAGCUAUUGAUAGAACGGGCUCAGAAGAAAACAGCAGUUCAGCAGAACAAGAUUUAUAUAGCAACUUUCAAUUAAAUAUGUCCCAUCAGUUUAGUCAUUUUAAUGUUCUUACUCAUCAGACAUUUUUGGGGACACCAUAUUCCCUUUCAAGUCAGUCUCAAGAAAGUGAAAAUUACUUUUUAUCUGCUUAUACUCAAAGCUUGGAUAGAGAGCAAUCUCCAUUUACGUUGGGAAACAAUUGAUAAUUGAUUCUACCAGGCCAUGUUCAAAAGAGAAAUAAUUACAGCAACUUUUAAAAUAUAGUUUGUCGUGGACUUUUUCUGUUUCUUAAAAGUGAAUUAACAAUUUAUAUUUCAUUCUCUAAACACAAGGUUUCUUGUCCUUUCUCA